CAAAAGAAGAGCAAAGACUGCUUGCUGUGAGCGGGCUGGAUGACCGAUGCCAGCAGUGAAGGAGAGCGAGAAGCAUCACCCACCCUAGAUGAGUCCGAUCCAGACCUAUAUUAUGAGGAAAGUGAAGAGAAUGAAGAGGGAGAUAAUGAGAGCAACUUCUCAUGCUCAGAGACCAGCAGCAUCCUCUCCGAUGACUCUGUCUAUCCUGUCUAUGAACAUGCUGCAUCCGACAAUGUUGAUGGCGCACAGCUCACGCUCUACCAGUGCUGUAUCAAGAAUGAUGCACGGCUCUUACAGGAGAAACUGGGCAGUGGGGUGACCCAGGAGGAGGUCAUGGAGCUUGACAUCAAUGGACGGAAUGGUCUGUUGGUGGCAUGUUUCAAGGGCUUUGUAGACAUUGUCUCUGCGCUCAGCAAAUGCCCCUACCUGGACGUCAAUCAUCAGGAUAACGAUGGAAACACGGCACUCAUGAUAGCUGCUCAGGCAGGACACAUCACGAUUCUUAACUAUCUUCUAAACUACUAUCCAGAGCUAGAGAUUGAGAAGCGAGACUACAGGGGACUGACAGCACUCAUGAAGGCAGCAGUACAAGGAAGAAAUGACUGUGUUGCAGCCUUGCUCCUGGCAGGUGCUGACCUGGCUGCUGUGGACCCUGUCAAAGGAAAGACAGCAUGGGAAUGGGCCGCCCUGACUGGGCGCUUUGAAACCAUUGUCCGCAUCCGGACCCUUCUGCAGCGCCCUUGCGCUGAGCAGUUUUCUAGCAAGUACUUGCCCCAGUGGCCUGCUUUGCCAGAGUUGGUAGCAGAAGCUGUAAGCACAAAAUCCAGAGCCAAACGCCUGUCGGAUAAAAUCUGCUCCACAUUCACAAUCAACUUUCCACAUGACCCUGAGCCAGAUGGUGUGAUGGAUCACAUGGUGCGCAUGACCACUUGCUUGGCCAGCCCGUUUGUGGUCACUGCUUGCCAAACUAUCUGUCCCGACAGCCCACCGGAAGUAGGCAAGCACAGACUCUCAGUGCCAGAAAUCCUCCACGAAUACAUACCAGACCCUGAUGCCAAAUCCACAAUCAGCGACUCAUCCUGCAAUGGCCAGCUCACGACGCCAACCCGGGUCCUGGUACCCUACAAAUCCCCCAGCACCAUUGUGAAGCUCCUGUCCUUUCCCCUGCGCAUGCGCCACAACAGCAUCUUCCCUGGGGGUGUCCCGAAAAUCCAACUCACCAAGUCGCCUGCCCAGUCAGCUCCCAAAGAAAACAAGCCACCCCGCUCCAAGAAUAAGAAUAAGAACAAGAACAUGCUGGAGUUGCCCAAGUGGCGAUACAAGGAGCUCAAAGAAGAGAAGAGGAAAGCAGAAGAAGAAGCAGGGAAGCCCAAGAAGGACAAGGGCAAGGGCAAAGGCAAAAAGUCAUAA